GGCGCAGCUCCUGCCUACGCAGCUCCCAACUCCCAAAAUGAUUUGUCUGGCCCGAAUUCUGUUGUUCAUACUUUUGUCCAGUGAAGUAGCAUGGACGGGCUCCGAAAUCCGUCCAUCCCCCGGCAGUGACUGGUUUCAUCGCACUGCAGGAGCCUUAGAAGUUGUGUUAUCGAAAACCACAAACACGGAUGUGACUCUGAUAACCUUUGUGGACCGAAGAUUAUCACAUUAUUACAAUAUUGAGCAAAUGCUACAAAGGUCUGUGUCGAGGGGCGUCGGGGUGUUUCAAGCAGCGGUGGACGGCCAGAAAGGAAACUCAACACUCACACAUUUUGAACGGACGAUUGAAGAGGUCCGGAAGCUGCGUGUGAUGUCGCUUUCCGUCAUCAUGGUGGUGGUGAGCGGUGACCCAGUGUUCCUGCAAGCCUUCGCCGACCUCUCGCUCAAGGGCCGCCUGCAGAUGUGGUCAACGAAGCUCAUCCUCUACACCAACAUGCCCUUACACCUCCUUCAGGGUCUUCACAAGCUCCUCUCCACCAGGAACUGCAUGUUGUUCCUCGCAAAUGAACUAGCGCAGGUGAACGUGUACGUGCAGCCACCAUACAGCGAGGUGGACGCCCUGCCCCUCCUCGUGGCCAAGUGGGGCAAGGGUUGGGGCCUCACGCUCCUCUCACGGCUCACGCUCUUCCCGGAAAAGUACCUCAGGUUUUCCACGGCCCCAAAACUUGUGGUCACCAUCGAACUGUUGCCUCACCACGUCAUUUACUGGAAGGAAGACCCCACAGUCCCGGAGGGAAAGAGACUGGCCUUCACCGGCACGAUGGACAAGACCGUCAGAUACUUCUCCAAAGCCAUGAACUUCACGUACACAUACGUACGCUCCCCCGAGGAGACUUUCGGAACCAGGCUGCCAGAUGGGUACUGGACGGGCAUGAUGGGGAUGGUGGUCAGGGAGGAGGCAGACUUCGGUACCGGUCCCUUCAUCCUCAACGAAGCCAGGGCCUCGGCGGCAGACUUCACUUCUACUAUUUGGAUGGACAACAUGAGGAUUGUGAGUGGUCGAGGAAGCCCCGAAGUGGACCCGUGGGGCUUCCUGUUCCCCCUGAGGCCCAUGGUGUGGAUGGCCCUCAUUGCGGCACUGUUCGUGAUAAUGGUCGUGAUCAAGUUUCUGGCUGUGUUCAACCUUAAUAUUCCCGCGACGACAAACGCCUUCAGUAUGGUCCGUGUCCUCCUGCAGCAGGAUGAGCAUACGGGUAACAAGACGUGGAGUUGGGAGCGUCUGGUGCUGGGGCUGUGGAUGCUGACGAUGCUGGUGCUGACCAAGAGCUACGCCGGGAACCUCAUGUCCCUCCUGGCUGUAAAAUACGUCCCACAGCCCUUCCAGACCCUGAGGGACGUCCUCGACGACAGCAAAAUAAUAUCAAUAUGGCAGAGAUACUCGUCCAAUGAACAAUUUCUCCGCGAAGUUGAUUCCGGCAUCUACCACGAGGUGGCGGAGCUGGAGAAGGAAAGUCGCCUCAUGUUCCGCACACAAGGCGAAUUCCCAGAGAGCCUGCGAACCCUGGUGAGGCCCGGCCACCACAUCCUCAUCGACGCGGGGGUCACCGUCAGGAACCUCAUAGCACAGCAGUUUUCGAUGACCGGUCAAUGUGAUUUCUUCCGCUCUAAGGAGGGUUUUCUACCUUUCAGCGCCGUCGUCACCACCCAACGCAACAACCCUCUAAUGAACGGCCUCGAUAAACGGGUCAUGGAGCUUAUGGAGUCAGGCCUCUUUCGCUAUUGGUUCCGAACUGGCAUUCCCAACUCCAGCUACUGCGACAACCCGCCACGGAGGUUCCUCGAGACCACUGCCCUGGCCGCCACCAACCUCUGGGGAAUGUUCGUGGUUCUGGCUGGCGGCUUGGCUACGAGUUUGUUGGCCCUGGUUGUGGAGAUACUUGCUGACAGUGGUCGCCCUAUGAACUGAAGGACCACACACCACAGAUGGCCAACGUACUUUCCUGCAGAGAGCGCCUGAGAAUGAAGGACGACUCAGACCUCAGCGCAGCACCAGAGUUGUCUACACCGUUUAAAAAGUGUAGUUAGCCCCCUCUCCCCCCAAAAUGAAAAUAAAUGCACCCCCCGAAUAUGUAAUCCAGAAUCUAUUAUCAACGGUGACUACUUAUGACUAAAGGCCGUGUCGUGAUAUCCUCGGUAUUGCUCACGAUCACAGAACUUCUUGGGUUAACUUUGUGAAUAUCAAGAGUGCAUGGGCAGGCUACUCCAUCUUGUUGGAAAAAAAUCAGGGCUUACACGAAGGCAAUACGUGGAUGCGAAGGUGAUUUUUUAACUCCUAUAUGUAAUAAUUAAUGUGGCAUCAUCGCUUUGAUAGUGGACCUUAGGAAGUUUGUCACAUCCUCUGGCACUAAUUCCUAUUAUGCAAUAUAUGGUAUCCUUUAGCAUAGGCUGUCUUAUGCAGUGCUAUUACCUAUUUUUAUUUUACGAUUAUUGGACACUUUAAGAUAAGACAGUUACUGGCUGAUUAUGAGGGUAUAGAAAAUGGGGAACUUCAUAUAAAAAAUCAUGAGUCGUUGCUUUUCAUGAGGGAAUAGAAGCUGGGGAUCUUUAUAUAGAAAAUCAUGAGUGGCUGAUCUUCAUGGGGGAAUAGAAACUGGGGAGCUUAAUAUAGAAAAUCAUGAGUGGCUGAUCUUCAUGGGGGAAUAGAAACUAGAGAACUUAAUAUAGAAAAUCAUGAGUGGCUGAUCUUCAUGGGGGAAUAGAAACUGGGGAACUUAAUAUAGGAAAUCAUGAGUGGCCGAUCUUCAUGGGGGAAUAGAAACUGGGGAACUUAAUAUAGGAAAUCAUGAGUGGUUGAUCUUCAUGGGGGAAUAGAAACUGGGGAACUUAAUAUAGGAAAUCAUGAGUGGUUGAUCUUCAUGGGGGAAUAGAAACUGGGGAACUUAUAUAGGAAAUCAUGAGUGGCCGAUCUUCAUGUGGGAAUAGAAACUGGGGAGCUUAAUAUAGGAAAUCAUGAGUGGUUGAUCUUCAUGUGGGAAUAGAAACUGGGGAGCUUAAUAUAGAAAAUCAUGAGUGGCCGAUCUUCAUGUGGGAAUAGAAACUGGGGAGCUUAAUAUAGAAAAUCAUGAGUGGUUGCUCUUCAGAUGGUAACACUGCCUCCACGCGGGCCGAGGACGAGUAGGCUAGAGGUGCUUGGGUAAUUACUUUCCCUUGAGUAACACUGCUGCCACUUUGAAAGCAGUUAAUCAGCAUUUCCGCCUCCAUAUAACAGUUAUGUAUUGCGACCCUUAACUAAAAUAUGAUAGCACAAGUUGUAUUUCUGAAGGCAUGCGGACUCUACACAACUACCCGGAUAUUCCCGACGCAACAGACAACCUUCACAGGGUCAUGACUGUUAGGAGGGAGAGAGAAAUGGAGUUUUGGGGGAUUUUGUCAUUCUUGGAGGGAGAGAGAAAUGGAGUAUUGGGGGAUUUUGUCAUUCAUCUUUCCUUUUUCUCAGCAAAUGGUGGCGGUGGUGGUUGUAGUAGUCAAGUAGUGGAGAGGCUCGCCAUGUCCUACUAUAGUUUUACCGAGGCAUGGAAACACAUAUUAUAUAAACACUGCCAAGUAAUUAUAUCUUCUGCUUUCCCUGAGCCAGCAGAAAUUUGACAACCUGAGUUCACGAGGCAACCAGAGGCUAUAUACCAAGAACAAUGACUAGAGCUAUAAAACUAUGAUUAUAAAGCUAUAUGACAAAGCUCCUGGUAGACUCAGGGCUUUGAUAUGCGAGACAGCAGACAACCAGUUAAUCAAGGGUGAGGUUGUUCUACUACAGCAUCGCUAGACUCUUGCUGUACUGUUUUCGUGAGGCAGGGGGAACAAGAGGUCACAAAAAGCAACCCCUCGCCUCGUCAAGUUAAUGGCGUCUGCACCAGCACAGGUUAUAUCCUGAAAACCGGCUAGUAUUUAAUCGGUUCCUGGAUACCCAAGUAUACCUCAGAGAAGGCAUAGGAUUUUCCAAGUAAUACCCGGUUAGGUGGCUUUAGUAAUAUAUA